AGCACACGUAGACCCCACAAUGGCCGACAACAGAAAACUACUCGCGCUACUGCAACGUCCGCUGGAGCCAACCUUCUACCCGAAGGACGACGGGAAAACGGUGGUCGAUCUGCCGGAGAACUUUUUGACGGAGCGGUACCGCCCGAUCGGAGCCUCGCUGCAGAGUCGCUUCGGCAACGAUGCCGAUACGCGCAUCCCCGUUCGGAGUGUGGCGCCUCCGAGCAUCGGCUUCGCCGAGGCAAUCCCUCGUCGCGGCGGUUUCUCGUUGUUCAACCAAGCGCACCGCAAAAUUGCUGGCGAUCUGAUCAACCUGUUCCUCACCCAGCCGAACGUGGACACGCUGAUGAGUGUUGCCGCCUACUCGCGAGAUCGUCUGAACCCUGUCCUGUUUCAGUAUGCUCUCUCGGUGGCAAUCCAGCACCGUCCGGAUACGAAGGAUCUCAACAUUCCGUCGUUUUUGGAGCUGUUUCCGGAUUCGUUCGUGGACCCGUCGGUAUUCCCGAAACUUCGCGAAGAGGGUUCCGUGGUUCAAAUGGAAAACAGAAUGACGAUCGAUAUUCCGAUGAACUACACCGCCUCCGAUCGCGAAGAUGAGCAGCGUUUAGCCUACUUCCGAGAGGACAUCGGAGUCAACCUGCAUCACUGGCAUUGGCACCUGGUCUACCCAGGCGAAGGCCCGGAUGCGGUCGUCCGGAAGGAUCGACGAGGAGAGCUGUUUUACUACAUGCACCAACAGCUGAUUGCACGCUACAACGUCGAGCGCUUCUGCAACAAGCUGGCCCGGGUCCGUCCGCUUACUAGCCUGCGUGAGCCACUGCCGGAGGGCUAUUUCCCGAAGAUUAUCCGCAGUUUGAAUAACCGCGCGUUUCCUCCGCGCCCCCAGAACACCGUGUUGAGGGAUAUCAAUCGGGUUGACGACAUGGUAAACUUCACCGUGAGCGAUCUGGAGCGUACCGAGAGUCGCAUAGCAGAGAGCAUCGAUGGUGGCUUCGUUGUUGGCCCCGGUGGAACACGGACCCCUCUCGAUGAGCGCACGGGCAUCGACGUGCUAGGCAACAUCGUGGAGCCGUCGAGUCUUUCGGCGAAUGUUACGUACUACGGAAACUAUCAUGGCAACCUGCACAACAUCAUUGCCUAUAGCCACGAUCCCGACAACCGUUUCCUGGAGGGCUAUGGUGUGGUUGGCGAGUUCCAAACUGCAAUGCGAGAUCCGACCUUCUACCGUCUGCAUGCUCAAGUGGACAACAUGUUCCACCGGUACAAACGGACACUUGCCCCCUACGGCCCGGAUCAGCUGAGCUACGGCGGUAUUCAGAUACAGUCAGUCGGGGUGCAACUCAACCGACCGAACGCGCCGGCUAACGUGCUGCUGACGUACUGGCAGCGAUCCCAGGUGGACUUGGCCACCGGUCUGGACUUUGGGCCACAAGGAAACGUGUUUGCGUCCUUCACGCAUUUACAGCACGCCCCGUUCACAUAUCGACUCGCGGUUAACAACAGCUCUGGAGCCGCUCGGCGCGGAACAUGUCGCAUUUUCAUUGCCCCCAAGACCGACGAACGGAACACGGCUCUCACGAUGAACGAGCGGCGCUUGCUGAUGGUUGAGCUGGACAAGUUUACGGUGAACUUGAAUCCCGGAACGAAUAAUAUUGUGCGACGCUCGGAGCAAUCGAGUGUCACUAUUCCGUACGAGAGGACCUUCCGGCAGGUCGCGUUGUCCAAUCUGAACGAACCAAGCACCGAGGCAUUCCGCUUCUGCAAUUGUGGUUGGCCGCAUCAUCUGCUGAUUCCGAGAGGAACUCCGGAGGGGAUGCAGUUCGAUCUCUUCGUAAUGAUCUCCAACUACGCCGACGACACCGUCAACCAGGACUUUGAUGAAAACGUCAACUGCAACGAUUCCCACUCCUUCUGUGGCUUGCGCGAUCGGCUCUAUCCGGAUCGUCGUCCCAUGGGUUAUCCAUUCGAUCGACCCGUCCCCCAGCAGGUUAAUAACUUGGCCCAAUUCGUAGCCUCCAACACCAACAUGGCGACUGCACAAGUCCAAAUUCGUUUCACGAAU